ACCUGCCCUCCAAUCACAUCAAUGGAAGGGCAAGGAGGGAGGAGUACUGCUAGGGGAGGCUAGUAGUGGCUGAAGGUGCUUGGGGGGGUCUUCUGUUCUAUCCCUUGGGUGAUAGGCACGGCUCAUCAGACCCAAAACUUCCAACACGGUCAACGGCCGUAAGCGAGGGACAACGUCACAUGUCAGAAAGAGACCAAGGAACCUGCACUUCUUUUCCUAGAAUCUCUCAUCUCAACAGCAGGAGGUUCUGUAAAUCCCUACGUGAACACAAGAAGUGCGACUUUGUAAGAGAGUGAUAACGAGAUUGUCCCUAAUGGAUUGUUUGCUUGUGAGGGUCUAACUAAAUAUCCAAAUGACAGUGGCCUGCCUUCUCCAGAUGUCUCUUAUUGUAAGAGACGUGUGCUAAGCAAAACCUCAUCUGGAACACUCUGGCUGUUGAUUGGAUCUUAUAGGGACACAAGGUAACCUGCACUGAGAUGGUAAAGUAACAGGUACCUACCGGUGACACUAUAGCAGAUCUUCUAAACAUCACCAUCCAGUAGAUAUCAACCACAGAAGCUGCCACAGCAAGUGUGUAUGCCUGCUUAUCUACCAUCCACUCCAGUGCCUUAUGGAGAUGCCAACUGCAGCAGGACAGUAGGUGCAAUAGAAAGGCCCAUGCAGAACAAGAACCUGCAUUCUGUUAGAUUUAAAGACAACCUGGACCAUGCAAAGGCCAUAGAGCAGAUCAGUGGUCUGAUGAUACCAAAUCUAGAGGAUGUGUCUCACCAGGAGAUAGAAGGAGACUAUGUGGACCUUUUAGACAUUGCUGCUUCGGCAGAGCACACCUCCUCUUCUUGCCCACCUGAGAUGGGGGAUCCCCCUGUUGCUAAUGGAGAUUCUGUUUUAAAUAUUGCUACAAAUAAUAAUAAUAAAAAGUGGAUUUGUGGGCGUGUUCUGACAAGCAAGGAAGGAGCUUGCACCCCUUGUUUGAGAAGAAGGUUCAACCAAGGUUUGAACUUGCAGGAGACAAAGUGCCGCUUCCGACAGUCGUACCUUGCUGCUUUAAAAAACCCAGUUAAUUUUAGCUCUGUGCCCAUGGCGGAUAUUUUGGAAGAUCCAGUGGGCAGAGUAGAGCUUUCUACAACUUUUGCAGCUUUGGAAAGUCCUCUCUGCUCACGGCGCAAGAAUCAGGCCAACGUGACCUCCCACAGGUUAUUGCCAGGGAAAGCAGAGGCAAAUAGAAUUGGAGACAUGUCUGGUCAGAGCACUUCCAGAAAUCCCAAACCCACCACUACGCCUGGUUCAGAGCCCUCGCCAUCUCUUGUCCACAGAUUUUCAUUUUUAAGAGGUCAACGGAGUUCCUCAACAUCAGGAGAUGGACUACCUAUAGAUGCCAAUGCCAACCAAUAUGGUGGCACCUGGAGGAGAGUGUCUGCUGUCUGUUCCCCACGCCUCAGCAGAAGUAGAUUCGGUGGAAAAGCAACGGUGGCCAACGCUGGCCUUGAGGUGACUUCCACAGUUCAGAAGGUACCUUCCAAAGCUGGAUUGUGGGUGUCCAUAGUAGGAUCUCCAGUAAAAGGCACUGUUCCAUUGGAGACUAUCCAUGACCCUCCCAUCCAAUGCCAAGAUCUGAGUGCUAAGCUUUUAUACUCAGGAAUUGCGUGCCUCCCAGGGAGCCGUGACAAGUUGGGCAGGGCUGUCAUCCAGAUGACUACUGACAGUUCAUCUUGGGAUGCCCCUUGGUGCUCGACAAGGGAAGUGGCACGCCUCCUACUCUACCUCUGCUCUGUUGCCAGGAAAGAAGUGAAAGAUCUCGGAAUGCUGAUUCUGGUGGAUGCCAGGAAACAAGGCCCAUCACCCUGCCUGCACACUGCUCUACAUUCAGUACAGGCUUCUUGCCCCGGAUCCAUUCAAAGCAUUUUAAUCCUAGUGGAAAAAGAGACAGCUUCCCAGCUGGAUAGAAUUCCCGGGCUGCAGGUGGAGGUCUUGACUUCGCUGAAGGCUCUGAGCCGGUACGUGGAGAUUGGGCAACUGACCUGGGACCUAGGAGGUACCUUCCCAUACUGUCACAGCGAGUGGGUCCAGUUUUACCAGAAACUGGACGCAUUCUUAUCAGACCUGAGGAAGGCCUCUGACUUGCUACAAAACUCCAUCCAGGAGCUGGGCGAGGGCAGUGCCCCACAGGACUCUCGGGAAGUGGAGGAGAAGAUGGCACAACACAGGGAUCUUAUGAAGAUGGUUUUAAGUGAUUCCCGCUUGGUGUCCCUGCAGCGGGAAGGAGGGACAACCUUGGCCAGGCUCCGCAAGGAGGCAAUGCGCUUCUGCUGCUCUCAGGAUGUCAGGAGUGCGGUUGAGGCAGCUGUGCAUUUGUACAACCAACUGGAGGAGCAGGUACAUGCCCUAGUGACCAAGUCCAACCGAAGGCUGGAACUCCUCGAGUCAUUACUGAAAAUCCGAGAGCUAGAAAGCCAGUUUACCCAGCUGAGCUCCUGGAUGGAUGGAGAUGGAGAGAAUCAGUUACACGAGAUGGACACCAUGGAGUGGUCCCUGGACAGCCUCGAGCGAUAUCACAAGAAGUUCAAGGACUUCUUCCUCCAAGCAACGGUGCAUUACAAUCACGGGCUAGUACUUCUCGACGAUGCCAAUAAAUUCAACAGGUCUCAUUUCCCAGAGAUGGAAUCUUUUAAGACGGCAAGAAGCAGCUUCCAGACAAGACUCACCAGCUUUUACAUGUGCGUAGAGAGGCAGAAGGAGGAGUUGGAGAAACUUUUGAAUCUCUACAGCUUUUGUGAUAAGAUAUCUCAGCUGACUGUGAGCUGCAGCCGUUACCUUGGACAGCUAAAGAAGUCAGAGCAGAAGCUAUGCCUUCCAGAGACCCGACAGUGCCUGGAAAGUUACCUGCAGCGGCUGACUGAUGAACUGUCGGCUGACAAAUUCCAGGAAAUGAAAGAGGAGUCCUACUCACUCAGCAGCAGCAGAGGACUAACUGUAUGGAAUGAGACAUGGCUGAGGUGUCAGGAGUCCAGGCAACUCCUAGAGGAGACUUUGGAGAAAUGUAAAGAAGAGCAGAGGACAGAUGUAGCAGGCCGGCACAAAGAUACUUCUGGGAGCUCAAAUAGCAAAAAACAAAGUGCAGAUACUCCAGCUGGUUUUUCCAAUGAAGUGUCACCAAGAAAUCAAAGGGGAGAAGAAGAAUUUAGGCCCAGGGGGAGCAUGAGAACAGCUGAAACUACUGUAAUAAACUGUUGUAGCUUUGGCCUCCACACUGGUUCUGUAGGACUGUUCUUGAAGGCAUCUAGGAACAAUCGGAACAGGAGACCAGCAAGAGAACCAGUUAUCUCAAAGGGAUGUUCCACCAGUGAGGAAUCUAGGAGUAGCAGUGAUGCAGAUCCAGAGCACACAGAGCUUAUGGUUCAAAACUCCAACAAUGAAGCUUUGGAGAUUCUCCGUUCUCCAUCCCCAACUUUGUCUCGGACAACCCCAGUACCACCACCAUGUGCCUCCAAGUCAGACCAUUUAGGAUGGCUGGCACUUGGCAGAUCUCUCAGUGAUGACUCAAGCACUAUUUCCAGAGGGGAUGCUGGUAGAUCAGUUAUGCAACCGGGGAGGCACUGUCCUCUCUCCAGACAUGCUAGCUUCUCCACAGGGGACUCAGGCUCUCAGUAUUCCUCAGAAAGCUCUUCGCUUAUAUCUCCCUUGCUAGCAAUGGAGCCACUUAUUCCACGUAUGCCUUGGACAAGGGGAACUAUGAGUGAUUCAUCUCGGGAAAGUGACUGGUCUAUGAAAGCCAACUUUGCUAAGAUGCACAAGAUUAUGGAGGAGCUCCUUGCUACUGAAAGAGAUUACGUUUGUUCCCUGGGGUAUGUCCUGUCUCACUACCUGAGUGAAAUGGACCGUUCAGAUGUCCCGUCGACACUACGUGGUCAGCAUGCUGCCAUCUUUGGUAACCUGGAGAAACUCUACGAGUUCCACAGCCAUGUUUUUCUACAAGAACUGACUAGCUGCCGACGAGAGCCCAGCCUUGUUGGAGGCUGCUUCCUUAAACAUAAGGAUCAGUUUGGGCUUUAUGCAUUUUACAGCAAGAACAAGCCCCAGUCGGACAGACUCUUGCAGGAACAUGGAGCAGCAUUCUUUAAGAGGAAGCAGCAGGAACUAAAAGACAAGAUGGACCUCUCUUCCUACCUAUUAAAACCUAUCCAGCGCAUAAGCAAAUAUAGCCUACUCCUGCAGGACCUAGAGUGGGAGCUGAAGGGACAGAGCACUCGACAAGCCGAGCUGCAGGCCGCUCGCGAAGUUGUCCGUUUCCAACUACGGCACGGCAAUGACCUCCUCGCCAUGGACGCUAUUCAGGACUGUGAUGUCAACUUAAAGGAGCAGGGACGGCUCCUGCGUCAGGGGGAAUUCAUGAUCUCCUACAAGAAAAAGAAAUGUUGGAGGAGAGUCUUCCUUUUCGAGGAUCUCAUUCUCUUCAGCAAAGCCAAGAAGACUUCAUCUGGUAGUGAGGUCUAUGUGUACAAACAGUCAUUCAAGACUUCAGAGAUCGGCCUUACUCACACCUUAGGGGGCAGCGGGCUUUGCUUUGAGAUCUGGUUCCGAAGAAGGAAAUUGGAGGACACCUACACACUGCAGGCACCCUCAGCAGAAGUCAAGGAGGCCUGGACAGGGGAUUUGCAGAAGAUCCUUUGGGACCAAGCCAUAAAGAACCGAGAGAUGCGCAGACAGGAACGUGUGUUUUCUGGCAUUGGGUGCAAACCUUUCACGGAUAUCCAGCCAAGUGAUUCAGCUAUCAGCAGCAGAACUGUCCCAGAUGACAACCUUCGCUCAUCUCCUGCAGUCACUCUGCCAUUUCCCACAUCUCCAGUGCCACUGCGCUCCAUGUCAGUGGGUUCCCGGAGCAGUGCCAGUAGUGCUGUAUCCCUGGGCGGCUGUUCCUCCACCUCCUCUGGUCGAGGCUCACUCAGCCCCCAUCAUGGCUGCCCUAGCUCAGAGCCCUCGUGGAGGUCCUACAAAACUGAGUCUCCACGGGAGAGGGAGGCUGGCGUCUUCUUAACCGCUAGUUCCGGUUCCUCAGAAGGAAGCGUCAGCGGUUUGAGCUCUUCGGUUCCAAUUCACUUUCCACUGGGUCAUAAGAACAUGUGUUACCCCCUGGAUUGCUGGCGCCCCCUGCACGCUACAGAGAAGCCCCCAGGAAACAACAUCCCUUAAGGGACACCUAUAGGGAAGCCUUUUCGGGAACACACAUGAACUUUAUAUCUAAAUGCAGCUGGGCUGAUAUACCUGUGAGACACUAAAUUUUAAAUAAUGUAAAUAAAUGAAUAAAAUGCAUUUUAUUGGAUA